GCGGCGGCUCGGAAGGAAGAAGGGAAAGAAGAAGAGUUAUUUCAAGUUGGAGGGAAAGGGAAUGGAUGUGACGUGACUGAGCUUGGCUGGAUAUCAAGUUGUUCAUCAUUCAGUGGGACCUUUGUUGCGAUGAGGUUUCUUUGGAGACCUGACUCAGACUGAAGCUUUGGAAUCAGAGCCCGAAACAAUGGACGAAUCCAUUCUGCUGGACCUGCUGGAGUGUCCCGUGUGCUUAGAGCGGCUGGAUGCCACUGCCAAAGUGUUGCCAUGCCAGCACACCUUCUGCCGGCGGUGCCUGCAGGGCAUCUUAAACUCCAGGAACGAACUACGCUGCCCAGAGUGCCGAACCCUGGUGGAUUGUGGCGUUGACGAACUCCCCACCAAUAUCUUGCUGGUCCGGCUACUGGAUGGUAUCAAACACCGGCCGAGGAGACCCGGCGGCGGCGUCAACGGCAAUAACAACAUCAAUGGCACUGCCAGGGUCCAAAACAAUGGAACCAUUACUGUUCCCAACUCUGGCACCACGUUGCGGGAUCUUCAGAGCAUUCACCGAGUGCAGGCACGUAGCCCCCCAGUCAGGGGUAUACCUCAACUGCCGUGUGCUAAAGCAUUGUACAACUAUGAAGGAAAAGAGCCCGGUGAUCUCAAGUUCAAUAAGGGUGACAUCAUUAUCCUGCGAAGACAAGUAGAUGAAAACUGGUACCAUGGGGAAGUCAAUGGUGUCCACGGCUUUUUCCCCACCAACUUUGUUCAGAUUAUUAAACCUUUACCUCAGCCUCCUCCACAGUGCAAAGCACUUUAUGACUUCGAAGUAAAAGACAAGGAAGCAGACAAAGACUGCUUGCCGUUCUCAAAGGAUGAUAUCUUGACAGUGAUACGCCGAGUAGAUGAAAAUUGGGCUGAAGGAGUGUUGGGUGACAAGAUAGGAAUAUUCCCAAUUUCCUAUGUUGAGUUCAACUCAACAGCCAAACAUCUGAUACAGCUGGACAAACCUUCAACUUCCAAUUCUGGAAGUGGCGAUUCAGGAGAAGGUAGCAGCAGUAACUCAGGGGCUGUACACAACAAUUCUGCCCAGAAACCCUUGGACAUCACAAAGAAGAACACCAAAAAACGGCACUCGUUCACCUCACUAACCAUGUCUAACAAAGCGUCUCAGUCAUCUCAAAACCGCCACUCCAUGGAGAUCAGCCCUCCUGUCCUGAUAAGCUCCAGUAACCCGACAGCUGCUGCUCGCAUCACUGAAUUGGGUGGACUCUCCUGCAGCGCUCCUUCUCAGGUCCACAUUAGUACUACCGGUUUAAUCGUGACACCACCUCCCAGCAGUCCUGUGAAUACAGUAGCUCCGUGUGCCUUCCCUCUGGAGGGUACCUACUCUGCUCCUGGGGAGAAUUACCCACCGCUGCCUCCACCACCACCUUCGAAUGCUGUCGUAACCACCUCGGCAUCUAGUGCUCCACGGCCAACAUUGGCACCAGCAGACCAGGUGGCACAUCCAAGGCCUCAAGCGCGGCCAAAUAUGUAUGUUGCUUUAUAUCCGUACACUCCCCGAAAAGAGGAUGAGCUUGAAUUGCGAAAGGGAGAGAUAUUUCUUGUGCUUGAGCGCUGCCAAGAUGGAUGGUUCAAGGGAACAUCUAUGCAUACUGGCAAAAUUGGUGUUUUUCCUGGGAACUAUAUGGCUCCUGUAACAAGGGCUCCAGCUGCAGCAGGGCAGUCCAAGUUGCCUGUAGUGGUGACGGCACAGGUUGGCCGAGGAGUGACCACAGUGGUGCCCGUGCCAGCGGUGACCCCCCAGCCCAAAGCUUCCAGUAACGGCCUGGAUUUGAGCAGACCAGUCAGCCCGACGCCGCUAGUCCCCACCGCAGUCAUAUCAGGGGCACACGUACAGGCUACCAACCCACAGGCCAAGGUUCUGAUGCACAUGACGGGUCAGAUGACAGUUAACCAAGCUCGUAAUGCUGUUCGGACGGCUGCUGUCCAGGGCCAGGAGAGACCGACUGCAGCAGUGACUCCAAUCCAGGCUCACAGCCCAGCUUCCCCCAGCCCUGCCACGACUUCAGCUCCACAGCAGGUCGUCACUCCUUUCACCAUUGUCGCUGCUCCCACUGCAACGAGGCCUACUGUCGCUCUGACCUCGGCAACUGCUGCUAUAACUCCUCCAAACAUCAGUGCCACCGCUCUGGAGGGGGAGUCGUUGGGCAUAGCCACCCCAUCUGUAACAGCCUCAGCUGCUAAUAAAUUUGACAAGGAGAGCAGAGAGAAGAAGGAGAAGAAAGGUUUCCUGAAACUCCUGUCAGGUGCGUCUACCAAGCGCAAGUCUCGGCCGUCACCCCCAUCUUCGCCCACUUUAGAAUCCGAACAGGCGGCUUCAGAGACAUUGCUCCAGGGGGCUGUGGGCCCAGAAGUCCCUUCAAGUAUCAGCCACAGCAGAGCCGGAUCCUGCCCCGUGGACACAGAGGCCCAAGGAACAGCGCUGGAAACACUCCAUCGAAAAACAGCUUCUUUAGAUUCUGGCGUUCCAAUCGCUCCUCCUCCCAGGCAACCGUGUUCAUCCAUGGCUUCAGUUCAACUGGAAUCCAAAUCCGUACCAUGUGAAAGGUACAGAGUUGUCGUAUCCUACCCUCCGCAGAGUGAGGCAGAGCUGGAACUAAAAGAUGGUGACAUUGUAUUUGUGCACAAGAAACGAGAGGACGGCUGGUUCAAGGGUACCCUGCAGCGCAAUGGCAAAACUGGCCUGUUCCCUGGCAGUUUCGUUGAGAGCAUCUGAGGACCCUUUCAUAAAGCACGCACACCUGAUUCUCAACAGAGAGGUUUAUAAAGCACACACAACAAUCUCAAGCACCGGCUAUUGUGCAGAGUAGCCCUAACAGCAGCUGAACUGGAGGUUUUAAGAUAGCAAAAGGCAUCAGCUGUUUGGAUUUAUGUUUCUUCUUGUUUGUUGAGUUUCCAGAGGUACAGCAGCAGCUCAGUGGAUGUUCACCGGUGACACGUCUCCUCGCGUGUACAGUUUGUGUGAUUAUUUAUGAUUCACUCUGUGCCUUUCACUGCCAUUUGGUCUGUCAUCAGCUAAUCUUCAUCCUCCUCACUGAAUCACAAAUACCUGAGCUACUCUCUGGCACCUAAAUGAGAUCAACUGUUUACAAAGAGGCUGUAAUUAAGAGAAAACUUUGUAAUUUAUUGGAUUAGAUUUUUUUUAAGUCCUUGAUUCUUCAUGUAAAGUGAAAGUUCUAUAAUGUCAAAUGUUGAAAAUUGUAUAAUUUAUAAGUGUUAUUAUAUGAGAGGGGAAGCUGGAUUGUCUCCUCAUAAUUCAGUUUGACAUGGUACCUCUUCGUACACAGCCCUUUUAACUCCAUUACUGAUUGCUGGUUUAGUGAACUUAUAGAGAAUUGUUAUCGAGGACUUGAGCACGGAGUUGUAAUGUUGUACGAUGGUUCGGCGUGUUGCAGCCAGUGUAGGUAAGUUAUGGUGUUGACCUGUACUGUCUAUUGCAGUGGUUUGGGAACUUAGUUUUGUGGUGGAGGGGCCCCGGUAGAAGACAUGGCAUUAAGGCAACCACGAGAAAGAAGCUGUGAAGUGGUAAUAAAAAACUGGAAAGCCGUUUGUGAAUGAGGGGAAGUCUCCACUCUGUAAUCAUCUGUUCUCAAUUCCUCUUACCAUUCUUUUUAUUGUGAUCAAGGCCCGACUUGUAGCUUGCACAGAGGAAGUGAAUGAGAUAGCCGAGUAUGAUUCGCAAAGCACUGCCAGGGGGUCCUUGUGACAACCUGGUUAGCCCAUGUGACAAUUUAAAAAUUGAUUUUUGACUUGAGUGUAGGAGACCAGGAGUCUGCUCUCCCUUGUUCAUACAGUGGUUCAAACUGUGCAUGCUAGCCUAUCUUCCAAGUUAAAAAGCACACAGCACCAGGUUUAUUUGGAAACACUAACUUUCGGAGGGCUGCUCCUUCAACCGGUGGUGCUGGAGGUUAAGGUCAUGCUCACAGAAUUUAUAGCCAAAGGAGUCUUGCGUCAUGGAGAUGUGAUACAGUAAACAAUCUGCGUUUAAAACUUUCAUCUUUUUAUAAUGAGAUAUGUGGUUUCUGUUCGUUGAUAUGUAAAUCCCAGAACUACUUUUCAAUUACAUUGUCAAGGUAGUUCAGCUUUUUGAACAGUGGUGUGAAGUCUUGAUUUGGAGGUGCCGGUGUUGGACUGGGGUGUACAAAUUUUAAAAAUCCUACAACACCAGGUUAUAGUCCAACAGGUUUAAUUGGAAGCACUAGCUCUCAGAGCGCCGCUCCUUCAUCAAAUGGUGGUGGGACUUAACGGUGUGAAGUCUGUCUAUGUCCCAAUGCUAUGUCAGGCUAACAAAUCCUCUAUAGUUCUACAGAGCUAUAGGCUACAUGGAUUCAUGCAGCAAAAUAAAAUGUAAUUCUGCAAAAACAAAUUCACCCCAUAAGUUUAAGUAUGCGCAUGUAGGAGUGACCGAAUGUGUGUGUGUGUGUGUAUGUGAUUGUUUGAGAGAGAGAUGUGGUAUGUGUGAGGGGGUGUGUGUAGGUGUGAGUGCAGGUAGUGUGCAUAUACCCCCUGCACUCAAGGCUGUGUAUGGGGGAGGUUCUGUGUGAGUGUGAGAGUAUGUAGGAGUGCGACUGAGUGUAUCGUGCAGUGAGGUCACCUGUAGUGUGACAUGAAACUAAGGUCCCGGUUGAGGCCAUUCUCGUGGGCACCGACCUUUGCCAUCAGCUUCUACUCAGCCACUCUGUGUUAAUGCUUGUCCCGAAGUCUGCCUUGGAGGAUGGCCACCCGAAGGUCCGAGGCUGAACGUCCUGGAUCGCUGAAGUGUUCUCCGACUGGGAGGGAGCACUCCUGCCUGUUGAUUGUUGUGCGGUGUCCAUUCAUCCAUUAUUGUAGCCUCAGCUUGGUCUCACCAAUGUACCAUGCCACAAGGCAUCCUUGCCUGCAGCGUACGAGAUAGACAAUGUUGGCGGAGUCAUGUGAGCAUGCGCCACACAUCCUGAGCUAUCUUGAGAAUGUAAUUGAAAAGAAGUUCUGGGAUUUACCUAUCAAAGAACAGAAACCAGCAUAUCCCAUUAUAAAAGAUGAAAGGUUUAAUCUCGGAUUGUUUACUGUAUCACAUCUCCAUAACACAGGACUCCUUUGGCUACACAUUCUGUGAGCAUGAUCUUAGAAACCUCCACCACCACCUGAUGAAGGAGCAGCGCUCUGAAAGCAAGUGCUUUCAAAUAAACCUUUUGGACUAUAACCUGGUGUUGUGUGAUUUUUAAUUUUGUCCAUCCCAAUCCAACACCGGCACGUCCAAGUCAUAUCUUCCAAGUCACUGCUCUGAGCUAGCUAUCCGAGUGUUAACCUCCGGCCUGGAGAUCAGAACUUUAUACCGAUGCCAUUUGGCCGUGUAUAAUGGUGCAGAACUACUUCCCCUCCAAACUUCUCUCAUCAUUGCAGUUUUCAGUUUUGAUGGUCCUGGGCCCAAUCCACCCCACUCCAUCAGCAACCUCACCCCUCAGUGCUAUGCUUUUGAAUGUGUUAGAUCGGAGAUGUGCCACUGGCUCAAGUCAAUUGGUUCCAGGUCUUUAAACCUACAGCACUGCAUGGAUAACAACUUGCUAUAAUCGACACAAUGUCCUUGAAAAAUAAUGAUGUGACCAACCUUUCUUUGAUUCUUUUAGAGACAUAUCCACAAAAACUCUUUGUGUACUUGAAUGAAAUUAAAUGAGUAAUUGUCGCAUACCUUAACCUGGAUUUUUCUCCUUAUGUCUGAAAAUUGCUGUAGGUGGAGAGACUGCAUUGAUAUUUGGCCUCUGCAGAUUGAAGAUGUAUCUUGAUAGAUUCUGGUAUUUCACAGAAUAACCGUAACAUAUUAUACGGGAACAAUAAAUCAAAUCUGAAACCUGAA